AUGUCCUUCUUCAAUUUAAAAAUAGCAGCAAUCCACAUAUUCCAGAUAGUCCUUGGAACCCUGGGCAAUUUUUCCCUCCUAAUUCAUUACAUCUGCCUAUACUUCCAUGGAGACAGGUCACGGUCCACAGACUUGAUUCUCAGACACCUGACUGUAGCUAAUUCCUUGAUCAUUCUCUCUAAUAGAAUACCCAAGACCAUGGCAACUUUUGGGCUGAAAGAUUUCCUCAAUGAUUUUGAAUGCAAACUUGUUCUCUAUGUUCACAGAGUGGCCAGAGGUGUGUCCAUUGGCAGCACCUGCCUAUUGAGUGUCUUCCAGGCCAUCACCAUCAGUGCCUGGGACUCUAGGUGGGCAGGCCUUAAGCUAACAGCUCUAAAGUACAUUGGUCCUUCCAAUAAUCUCUCCUGGGCACUGAACAUGCUGAUCAACGCAGUUCUUCCUAUUUAUAUGUCUGGAAAAAUGAGCAACAAAACCAUCACAAAGAAAACUAAUCUGGGAUAUUGUUCUUUUCCAUUUCCUGACAACAGAAGAUUUACACUCUUUGCAGUGCUGAUAUCCUCUCACGAUAUUUUGUGUUUGGGACUCAUGUCCUGGGCCAGUGGCUCCAUGGUUUUCAUCCUGUACAGACACAAGAAGCGAGUCGGACACAUUUAUAGGAACAGUCUCCCCCACAGAUCCUCCCCUGAGACCAGAGCUUCCCAAACCAUCCUUGUUCUGGUGAGCACCUUUGUAUCCUUUUAUGCCCUCUCUUUUAUUAGUUUUGUGUAUUUGGCUGUUGUUGAGAAUUCUGGUUGGUGGCUGAAGAACACAUCUGCAUUCAUCACUGCAUGUUUCCCCACAGUCAGCCCUUUUAUUCUCAUGAACAGUGACUCCCGAAUAUUAAAACUUCACUGUGGCUUCUCUGGAAGGAAUGCAUAA